AUGUCUCAGUAUGAAUCCGGGCUAGACGCUCAUGCGCAGCGUCCGAAGAAGCUGAUCUUCGCUCCCGGAGACAUCGAAGUUGGGGCUGAGACCCCCGGCACCGCCACUCCCCCGUCGCAAAUGCCACCCGCAGCCCCUUCCUAUCUGAGUCACGCCGAAGUUCUUCGCUCCGAGACCUCGACCCCCGAUUCCACCACCGAAAGCCAGAUCCUGUCGAACCCUGCACGAGCGCACCAGUUCCUGACCAACCCGCCGCUCACGGUAUCCCAGCUGCACGGUACCAACCCGCUUCACCAAUUCCACACCUGGUUCCGCGACCCGCGGUUGCCGGCGAGCUCGGCGCCCGAGACAUGCACGCUUGCCACGGCCGAGCUACCAUCCGGCCGGAUCAGUGCUCGUGCGGUCUACCUUAAGGAGCUCGAUGAGCGUGGAUGGGUGGUAUAUAGUAACUGGGGUAGCCGAGAGGGCAAGGGCGGGCAGGUAUUCGGACGCCAGGCGGCUGGGGGUGAUAUACCAGGCCCAAUUCCGGACCCGGACGAUGAGACACAAUCGGUACCAGGUGCUGGCAACAAAUGGGCUGCGCUGACGUUCACCUGGUCCACCACGGAGCGCCAAGUUCGCGUGGAGGGCAUGCUGGAGCCGCUUCGCCGCGAGGAGAGUGAGCUAUACUGGCGCACGCGCGAGCGCGGCAGUCAGAUCGGCGCGUGGGCUAGCUGGCAGAGCCGUGUGCUCUGGUCGGCUGAACCGCCGCUACUGGCCGAGCGCCAGCGGCGCAUGAGCGUGGCCAAGCUGCAGGCUUCUGCGGGGUCUGUGCCUGGCGCUCAUGUACCAGCCGAUAUUGACGCAACGGAUAUCGAUGACGGUCGGGCAUUGCUCGAGCAACGUGUCAAGGAGAUGGAGGAGCGAUUUGCAGGUGUGGAGAAGAUCCCCCUUCCACCUUUCUGGGGUGGUGUGCGUCUGGUGCCAGAGUCGGUUGAGUUCUGGCAGGGCCGUCGGAGUCGCCUGCACGAUCGGUUCCGGUAUCAUUGGAACGGCCAGUAUCCUACGCGGCAUCGUGAAGAGAAGCCCACCAUGGCUUCCCCCACCACACAAACCCCCGCCACUGCCUCAUGGGUUGUCAUUGCGCUGGCAAGCGGCGCGUUCGCCGCCCUGAACGGGCUCUUUGCGAAGCUAACGACGGAUACUCACACUACCGCAUUCGCCCAAUCCAUUGCCCACCUAUUCGGUCUCGAGUCCUCCAGCUUCCUCGAGCUCCUCGUCCGCGGUAUAUGUCUCGGCCUCAACGUCCUCUGUAACAUCAUCAUGUGGGCUCUCUUCACCCGCGCCCUGACUGCCGGUCCGUCCACGGUCAAAGUCUCGAUCACAAAUACCUCGUCCAAUUUCCUCAUGACGGCAUUGCUGGGUAUGGUUAUCUUCCAAGAAUCAGUGGGGGGAUUAUGGUGGCUCGGGGCGGCGAUGAUGGGGGCCGGGUGUAUCUUAGUUGGAAUGCGAGAGGGGGCAUGA